CACUUUUUCAUGUAUACAACAAUUCUACUUCCUUUUUAUCCGAACCAAAAUGGCAGACAAGCAAGCAAAUCUGCCUAGGGUGCCUGAGUCCCUGCUCAAAAGACGCAAGCGGGUGGCCGUAAGCAAAGCAAAGGCACUGAAGGCACAGUCUGCUGAGAGGAAAAAACGUGCUUCAAAGAAGAAAGUCAUCUUCAACCGUGCUGAGAAGUAUGUCAAGGAAUACAGAGCCAAGGAGCGCGACGAAGUCCGUCUUGCUCGCAUUGCCAAGAAAGCUGGAAACUUCUACGUCCCGGCGGAACCUCAACUGGCUUUCGUCAUCAGGAUUAGGGGUGUCCCCAAUCUGAAGACAGUGAGGGAGCUCAUUUACAAGAGAGGAUACGGCAAGGUCAACCAUCAGAGAAUUCCUCUGACAGACAACGCCAUCAUCGAGAAAGAGCUUGGUGCCAAGAACAUCAUCUGUAUGGAGGACCUGAUCCACGAGGUGUUCACCGUGGGCUCCAACUUCAAGUACGCCUCCAACUUCCUGUGGCCCUUCAAGCUGUCCUCCCCUCUGGGCGGCUGGCGACGCAAGUACAACCACUUCAACGACGGUGGUGACUACGGCUUCAGGGAUACCAAGAUUGAUGCCCUGGUCAAGCAGAUGAUCUAAACUUGGGACUCAAUUUGAGAAAUGAAACCUUGUGAGGUAGAUGGAGGUGAAACUGAGAAGGCUAAUAAUAAAGUUGCCUGUGACACUAUA